AUGGCAAAGACUCGUGUGCUGCUGCUAGGCAGUGAAGGCAUUGGGACCAUUGCCGCCCUCAAUCUGGAAUGUGGUGGACAAGCCCAUGUCACCGCCGUGCGGCGGUCCAAUUUCCAGACGGUCACCGAUCGGGGAUUCGAGAUCCUUGAUCACGGCCGCCUUCGCAACUGGCGCCCAUCCGAGGUGAUCAACGCUGUUCCCGAGGUGGCCCAUUCAGGCGUGUCGCCGUUUGACUACAUUGUGUGCACCACCAAGAACAUCCCCGAUAUCGGCCCUCCCAUCUGCGACAUCAUUGCCCCUGCUCCGUUCGCCAAGCGAUUUGCACAGAACAUUCUCUCGAGGAUCAGUCGCAUCGACGCGCACGAGAUUGCCCCAGGCGUGAUCGAACAAAUCGAUCAUGACAACCUACAGAUCGGUGCGUUUGGCGGUCUGUCGCAAACUCCCAACAUUGACCUCCCGCGCGAAACGAUUGCAACCAUAUUGGCGAAGAACCCCCCAGAGAGGAUGAUAUAUCCGAGUAUGCAAAAGGACGUGACCAAGGGAAACUUCCUCGAGCACGAGGUCAUCAUCGGGGAGGUGAUUCGCGAGGCCCAGGGCCGGGGAAUCGCCACCCCGAUCCUGUCGACUCUUUACCACUUAUGGGCCUGUCUGCAGUGGGGAACACAGCAGGGGAAGGCUGGAACUAGGCAGAAUUAG